AUGACCAGCCCAUCCAUUGGAGCGUGGAACAUUAGAGGAUUUUGUUCCUCUGAUAAAGUAUUACUUUGCAAAAAUCUUGUCCAAUCUCUUCGGUUGGAUAUGCUCUGUAUUCUUGAAAACAUAAUUCAACUUUCUUCUUUAUCGGAUCCCUUCUUCUUUAACUCCCAUCUGGUGUUUGAUUUUGAAGAUAGCUGCAAUAAUUUCCAUUGUGCCAAUCCUGGGCGGAUCUGGGUGAAGUGGGACACUGGUAGGAUUACCUUUAAUCCUCUGUUUAUUUCAAGUCAAUUGGUUGCUGGUAUGGUUUACUAUGGGAAUAAUGCUCCUUUUUUGCUUGCUGUGGUGUAUGCCUCUAAUAGUUUGGAGGAUAGGAAGGUUCUUUGGGAGGAGAUUAGAAAUAUUCGUCCCAGCCAGGGGACACCGUGGAUUACAAUGGGUGAUUUCAAUUGCUGUCGGUAUCCAUCUGAUAAAUUGGGGGGGAAUGUGCUACACCAAAAUCAACUGUUUGAUUUUAACUCCCUUAUUUUUUAUACUAAUCUGUUUGAUUUAGCUUCUGUGGGAUAUACAUAUACUUGGUACAACCAAAGAUCGGUGAAUCCUAUACAUAUCAAGCUCGACCGUAUGCUGGUUAAUGGGGACUGGUUGGCUACUUAUCCUAAGUCUCACUAUGUUAUUAAAUCUCCUGCUGGUUCUGAUCACAGUCCUAUUGUGCUCCUGCCGGGUUUUGUUGUUGAUUUUCAGCAUCGGUUUCUUUUUAAGAAUUUUUGGUUAAAAUCCCAACGCUUUUGGUAUUUGCUAUUGGCUAAUGUUUCUGUGAAGCCUAAGGGGCAACCUUUUGCUGCUUUAUGUGCUAUGCUUAAGCAACUUAAAACCGAUAUUAAGAAGGAAUCCUGGGCUUCCUCUAAGCCUCUAGCUUCUCACAUUGAUUCCCUUUACAGGGAACAAAGGGAUUGUCUUAACUCAUUAAAUCAGGGUUGUGAUAUUGAGAGCAUUUCCAAAUCUCUUAAAACUAUUAAUGUGCAGUUAGCUGAAGCUUCUUCCACUUGGUACUCUUGGGUUGCUCAACGGGCAAAAUCUAAAUGGCUUUCUAGAGGGGAAGAUGAUCUCAAAUUCCUAUAUUCUAAGAUUCAUCUUAGGAGAAAUUAUAGGAGUGCUGCCAUUUCACUUGCUAUGUCUCAUUUGGAUGUCUCUUAUGAUGAUGUUAUCAAGAACACUAUUUCCCACUUUCAAAGGAUUUACAACCCUCAUAGGAGGAAUUCCUUUGACAUUCUUCACUUCCCGGUGGGUAAAAUCAUUCCUCCUGAAUUUAUAUUAUCACUUACUACUCCAUUUACUGAUGCAGAAAUUAAGAAGGCUGUUUUUGCUGGUGCUUCCAAUUCUUCUCCUGGUCCGGAUGGCUUUAAUUCUGAAUUCUUCAAAUCCACUUGGAUUGUUUCUGGACCUUUACUUUGCAAAGCUGUGAAGUCCUUUUAUCACAAUGCCUAUAUUCCAAAAUCUGCUAAGGCUACUGCCAUCACUUUGAUUCCUAAAUAA